AUGGCUUCUAACCCUGUGGGAGCUAAUCCUCCCAAACUUGAAAUUCCUGGCGAAAGUUCGGACUCGGAUACCAUCUUUACUAACAGUGAUUAUGAGCGUGAGCGAGAGAACCUGAGGAAUAGUAACCGCCAGGGGUUGACCCAACCAACCGGGGGUGUUGAUGUACAGAAAGCCGAGGAAGACUUUGCUGUUUUGAGCAAAGAGUUAUCUAGAAUCUCAGAGAAAUCAAAACGGCCGUUCACCCAAGAGCAAAAUGGCCUAGAUGAGAAGGGCUCGUACGAUGUCGAGAGUGGCGCUGAGGGCAAUUCAACCUUUGACCUGGAAGCUGCCCUUCAUGGUUCUCGAGAUGCAGAGGCGGCUGCCGGAAUAAGGCCAAAGAGAAUCGGUGUUAUUUGGGAUGGACUUACUGUUCGUGGUAUUGGCGGAGUAAAGUACACAGUACCCACAUUUCCUGACGCCGUCAUUGGAUUUUUCAAUCUACCUGCCACAAUCUACAACAUGUUGGGUUUUGGGAAGAAAGGAGAGGAAAUUGAGAUUCUCAAAAAGUUCAAAGGUGUGGCUAAGCCUGGUGAAAUGGUACUGGUUCUGGGAAAGCCGUCCUCAGGCUGCACAACCUUUUUAAAGGUUAUAGCAAAUCAGCGAUUUGGAUACACCGGUAUUGAUGGCGAGGUCCUCUAUGGCCCAUUUGAUUCCGAGAAGUUCGCGAAACGUUAUCGUGGAGAGGCUGUUUACAACCAAGAAGAUGACAUCCAUCAUCCCUCUCUCACGGUGGAACAGACCCUUGGCUUUGCAUUAGAUACCAAAACCCCCGGCAAGCGUCCAGCUGGCCUUUCGAAGUCUGCAUUCAAGAAGAAGGUCAUUGAUCUUCUCCUCAAGAUGUUCAACAUCGAACAUACCGCAAACACCGUGGUUGGCAAUCAAUUCAUUCGAGGAGUUUCUGGAGGAGAGAGAAAACGUGUUAGUAUUGCUGAAAUGAUGAUCACAGCAGCCACUGUUCUGGCUUGGGAUAACACUACUCGUGGCCUUGAUGCUUCCACCGCCCUCGAUUUCGCCAAAUCUCUUCGGAUAAUGACGAACAUAUAUAAAACUACCACCUUUGUUUCGCUAUACCAGGCGUCCGAAAACAUAUACAACCAGUUCGACAAAGUUAUGGUCCUGGACCAGGGCCAUCAAGUAUUCUUUGGACCCAUCAGUGGAGCCCGUGCCUAUUUUGAGGGCCUUGGUUUUAAGGAGAAACCACGCCAAACCACGCCCGAUUACCUCACUGGUUGUACCGAUCCUUUCGAAAGAGAAUAUAAAGAUGGAAGAAAUGAAACAAAUGCUCCAUCUACCCCAGCUGACCUGGUCAAAGCCUUUGAUGAAUCUCAGUUUAGCAAAGACUUGGACAAUGAGAUGGCCAUAUACCGUUCUAAACUUGAGGAGGAGAAGCAUAUCCAGGAAGACUUUGAAGUAGCCCAUCAUGAAGCAAAACGGAAGUUCACAUCGAAAUCCUCCGUCUAUUCGGUUCCAUUCCACCUUCAGAUCUUCGCUUUGAUGAAACGACAGUUCUUGAUCAAGUGGCAGGACAAAUUCUCCCUUACUGUCUCAUGGGUCACCUCAAUUUCAAUUGCCAUAAUUAUCGGAACAGUUUGGCUAAAGCUCCCAGCCACCAGCAGUGGUGCCUUUACACGAGGCGGCCUUUUGUUUGUGUCUCUAUUGUUUAACGCCUUCAACGCAUUCGGCGAACUUGCAUCGACUAUGGUAGGGCGCCCUAUCAUAAACAAACAACGAGCUUUUACAUUCUACCGUCCAAGUGCUCUAUGGAUUGCUCAGGUGGUGGUUGAUAUGGCAUUCUCGUCUGCUCAGAUCUUUGUCUUCAGUGUCAUUGUCUAUUUCAUGUGUGGACUUGUCCUGGAAGCAGGAGCUUUCUUUACUUUCGUCCUCAUCAUCAUAACCGGAUACCUUGCCAUGACCUUAUUCUUCCGUACUGUUGGCUGUCUUUGUCCCGACUUUAAUUAUGCCUUAAAGGGUAUUUCAGUGUUGUUAUCGUUCUACGUGCUCACGUCGGGCUAUUUGAUUCAAUGGAAUAGUCAAAAAGUCUGGCUUCGAUGGAUCUUCUACAUCAAUCCCUUGGGCCUUGGUUUUUCGUCUAUGAUGAUCAAUGAGUUUCGCCGCCUUACCAUGAAGUGUGAGUCUGAUUCUCUUAUCCCUGCCGGGCCAGGAUAUUCGGAUAUUGCCCAUCAAGUUUGUACCCUGCCUGGCAGUAGCCCAGGAUCGGCCACCAUACCAGGUUCCAGUUAUAUCAGCCUAGCAUUCAAUUACCAAACUGCUGACCAGUGGAGAAACUGGGGAAUAAUUGUUGUUCUGAUUGCUACAUUUUUAUUCACCAACGCUUUUCUUGGAGAGGUCAUUACCUAUGGAGCUGGUGGAAAGACUGUCACUUUCUUUGCCAAGGAGUCCAAAGACCUCAAGGAACUCAAUGAAAACCUGAUGAAACAAAAGGAGGACCGACAACAGAAGCGAGGCAACAACUCUGGGUCAGAUUUGCAAGUUGCAUCGAAGUCUGUAUUAACAUGGGAGGAUCUUUGCUAUGAAGUCCCAGUGCCUGGAGGUACACGACGCCUUCUGAAUAGUAUUUACGGGUACGUCGAGCCAGGAAAGCUUACUGCUUUGAUGGGUGCAAGUGGUGCUGGUAAAACAACACUCCUUGACGUUCUUGCUUCCCGGAAAAAUAUUGGAGUCAUUACUGGCGAUGUUCUUGUUGAUGGCCGCCUACGAGGCACUGCAUUCCAGCGUGGCACAUCGUAUGCCGAGCAGCUGGACGUACACGAAUCUACCCAGACUGUUCGUGAGGCACUCCGUUUCUCUGCAACACUUCGCCAGCCGUAUGCGACUCCUGAGUCUGAAAAAUUCGCCUAUGUUGAAGAAAUUAUCUCACUCCUUGAGUUAGAAAACCUUGCAGAUGCCAUCAUUGGCACCCCUGAGACUGGCCUGUCAGUUGAAGAACGAAAGCGGGUGACUAUUGGUGUAGAGCUAGCAGCUAAACCACAGCUUUUGCUGUUCCUUGAUGAGCCUACUUCCGGUCUUGACAGCCAGUCCGCAUUCAAUAUUGUUCGGUUCCUUCGCAAACUCGCUGCUGCUGGGCAAGCCAUCCUCUGCACCAUUCACCAACCUAACUCCGCUUUGUUUGAAAACUUCGAUCGUCUCCUAUUGCUCCAGCGCGGGGGUGAGUGUGUUUAUUUCGGUGAUAUUGGUAGAGAUGCUAGUGAUUUGAUUGACUACUUUCACCGAAAUGGCGCAGACUGCCCUCCUAAAGCAAAUCCUGCUGAAUGGAUGUUGGAUGCAAUUGGUGCUGGUCAAGCUCCUCGCAUCGGUAACCGAGACUGGGGUGAUAUCUGGCGCACGUCCCCUGAGCUCGCAAACGUUAAAGCCGAAAUUGUUAAUAUGAAGUCGGAUCGAAUCCGGAUAACUGAUGGCCAAGCAGUUGAUCCAGAAUCGGAAAAAGAGUACGCAACCCCGUUAUGGCAUCAAAUAAAGGUUGUGUGUCACCGCACGAACCUGUCCUUCUGGAGAUCUCCCAACUACGGUUUCACCCGUCUUUACAGCCACGUUGCCGUUGCUUUGAUUACUGGGUUAAUGUUUUUGAAUUUAAAUAAUUCGCGAACGUCCCUCCAGUAUCGUGUCUUCGUUAUCUUCCAGGUCACCGUGCUGCCAGCCUUAAUUCUAGCUCAGGUAGAGCCCAAAUACGAUAUGUCUCGACUGAUUUUCUACCGAGAGUCAGCGGCAAAGGCCUAUCGCCAGUUCCCAUUUGCUUUGGCGAUGGUGCUCGCUGAACUCCCAUACAGCAUCAUCUGUGCGGCCUGCUUCUAUCUACCACUCUAUUUUAUGCCUGGGCUUUCCAACGAACCAAGCCGAGCUGGAUAUCAGUUCCUCAUGGUUCUAAUUACUGAGAUAUUCUCUGUAACUUUAGGGCAGGUGAUUUCGGCUUUAACGCCCAGCACAUUUACAGCUGUUCUUCUGAAUCCACCGGUUAUGGUCAUCUUCGUAUUACUUUGCGGCGUUGCUAUACCAAAGCCCCAAAUUCCUAAGUUCUGGCGUGUCUGGCUUCAUGAGCUGGAUCCUUUUACUCGACUGGUCAGCGGCAUGGUUGUGACCGAACUUCAUGGACAAGAGGUCAAAUGCGCAGGACUAGAGUUGAAUCGCUUUACAGCGCCAGCUGGUGAAACCUGUGGCUCAUAUAUGGAGAAAUUCUUUGCCAACAACGGACCAGGUUAUCUGGUCAACAAUGCCACCGACAUGUGCGAAUACUGUGCUUAUAAGGUCGGAGAUGAAUUCUACAGGGUGUUUGGGAUGUCUUUUGACAACAGAUGGAGAGAUUUGGGUAUUUUUGCCGCAUUUAUCGGAUCAAAUUUACUGCUUCUAUUUAUCGGGUCUCGAUAUCUCAAUUUCAACCGCCGAUAG